UCCUCGCCCGCACCACUCCCCAAGCGCCUCCCCGCCGGCGCCGGCGCCGGACCCCGCCCGCGGCCCCGCAGCCAGGGAUCGCGCGACCCUGCUCUACGCGCCGCCACCGGCCAGGACCGCGCGUGGAGACGCCUCCUCCCCAACAGAUCUAGCCGCCAGCAGCCAGAGCGAGCGUAGCCUACUCCUGCCUGCUCCCACGGCCCCCAUUGCUGGAUCUUCAAUCGGGCCGCGCAGAAUGGCCGAAUCCCAGCUCAAAUACCCCUAUUUCUCCGGCAUUUCCAAACCCUAGCCCGCCUAGUGUCGCCUGCAGGUUAGAGGAGCAACUGAGAAGAUUCCGAGGGGGCACAUCGUUGGACUAGAAAGCGUGCCUGACAAUAUCCGUGUGCAGCAGCUGCUUGAUUGAAUGCCCCUGAUGAAGCAAGCUCUUCCAGGAAUAAGGAUGCGUAGCUCUAACUGCCAGAAGAGUGGCCCUGACAGAAUCAGCGCCCUACCAGAUGAACUUCUGCUUCAUGUCAUGUACUUCCUAACCCUGCAGGAGGCAGUGCAGACAAGCCUGCUUUCACGGAGGUGGAAGAAUCUCUGGGCAUCUUUGAUGUGGCUCAAUUUCGACGCGGCCAAGUUCAGCAGCAUCAGAACUUACAGAAAGUUUGUCAACAAUGCGCUCCAGUACCGAAGCUCGUUGCCGAUGCUGGUGCCACUGGAUGCAUUUUGGAUUUCUACUGUCUGCGACAAUUCUGAUGAUUCCCUUGACUAUUCUGACAUCCAGCCAUGGAUUCACCAUGCCCUUAAUAGCAAGGCCUGGGCUCUAGGCAUACUGAAGCAUUCCGGCCCCAAGCCCCUUUCUAUGGAGAGUUAUCCCUUUCCUUUCACCUCGGUGUACUUGAAAAUUUUAGGCCUUUCCCAUUGUUUUAUAGAUGACUGGUUUGUCCAGAAUCUCUCUUCCUGUUGCCCGGUGUUAGACGACCUAGACUUGAUGAGUUGUGCCAUCCAUGUCACCAUGUUUUCGUCAACCACAUUGAAGAGUUUGGCCAUUACCAUCACACAAACUGAUAAAGAUUUCCCUAUAGAGUUUCAGUAUCUUGUGAUAGAUAUGCCAAACCUAGUCUCCCUGAGCCUAGAGGAGAUUCCGAGAAGAAUUAUUCACCUCAUGGAUGUGUCAUCUGUGAAAACAGCCUCAAUUUUCCUUUUCUCACUCUCUUUUGGACACUCUCAGGUUCAGUGCAGUAUUCUCAGUGCUCUUUCAAAUGCCACCAGCUUGACGUUGGUAUCUCCAUCUGUCUAUGAAGAUGUGGUGCCAAAGGUAUUGGGGCGUGAUCUUCCAAGGUGUGCAACAUUCAGUAAACUGAAACGACAGCAUCUUGGCGAGUGGUUUCUAAGUGGUGGGUGCUAUCCACUAAUAUACUUACUUCGGCGCUCUCCAAACAUAGAAAAACUUAUCCUGCAACUUGACACACAGCAGCAACGUUUGGCUGUUGAAAGCUUAGAAAAAUCAGGAUCUACUGCCACCUGCAGAGGGAUAAAAAAAGAGCCGCGAUCAUCAUACUCGCCUUGUCAACCCAUAUUAGCUCUCUCCCUAGCAUUAAAGUCAAACCCCUUCCAGUUUAGGAUGGGAUCUGGAUUUGGUGACUGGGUCGUGUGACCAUGGAUUAGAGCUUCUGACACCUGGAAGACUUGUUAUUUCUCCUCCUGAUGACAGUUCCUAUGACUUAGCUAGUGCGACUGCCUGUGCGCAACUAAUGUCUCCUUUAGCGACUUAGCGUAUUUGUUUGCUGCUUUUAUCUUUCUGAUGACCUUUUUUGGCCCAAAACUGGACUUCACCGUUAUUUCGGGAAUCGUCUUGUAGUUGUCUGUCUGCCAAUUCAUGGCGCCAUGACUUAGUGGCGCAUUGGAGCUAUGAUGGCCGUGAAAAUCAUGAGCUUGUAUCCGGUGCUUUGGUGGUUCAUUCAGUCAUGGUGUCCGUGUUCUCU